AUGGCGGCUAUCAAUGUGAUAGGCGAGGGCGAUAGUAAAGAGAUCGAGAUCAACAGACAUCUUGUCAAACAAGAGCUCCAGCGAGAUUUGGAGGAUGUAAAGAAUGAAGUUGGAGCUUUUGGGUCCAGUACUGAGCUAGAAGCUGAUAUUCCUCAGUCUCUUAUUCUUGAGAACUUCAUCCAUCCCUACCCUACCCUUACCUACCUUAUCAGUGUCCGUCACAAUCCCCCUUCAUCACUAUCUUCUCAAGAUAUCUCCCUGGAUACUAUACGGAAAGAGUUCAUCAUGUCGAGCCUUGACUAUGACAACGUCGUGUCAGGCUCUGACUCCGACAACAAUCACCUUGGCUCAUCCCUGGUUUUAAGAGAAACCUUUGGUGACUCAGCCUCUCAAAACAACCCAAUCUUCAUUCCCGAGCUCUCCAACAUGAUUAUUGAGACACUUGGUGAGAGGACUAUAGGGAGUCCCAUUUAUCUCAACAAGAAAAGUCUGGCGAAUCUGGCGGCCACUUGCCGCUAUUUCGCGGCAACCAUUGAGCCCUUCCUCUAUGCCCUGGACAUUAAGGACCGUCAGCUUAAAGGCCUCAAGUACGCUUCUCGUCGCCCUGAUGAUUUGGCAGUCAGUAUCUUGAGUAAAUACCCUGAAGAACUUGUCAAGUCAUGCAUCGAUAGGGAGCUUGACGUGCCCAUUCCACAAGACUAUCCCCAGAACCUCGAAGACCCCCAGGGCCUGCAGGUGCAGGUGGAAGAAUCGGGCAGCUAUACCCUGCUUCACCUUGCGGCUUUCCACAACAUGCAUCACACCAUUAUCAAACUACACCAGCUUGGUGCUCAGUGGCGCUAUUGCAGAAACGUCCGAGCCCUUUUGUCACACGAAGAGCGAGCUAACUUCGCCACCGCUUUCCCGGCCUUCCAGAGUAUGUUUCGCAAUGUGAGUUGGGCACCCAAUCUUGCGAGCCUGCUUAAGAAGGAUGAAGAUACCUGUGAGCUCCUGGCUAAGUACUGGCCGGAAUCUUAUCCGUUCGUUGGGAAAUUUAUACACCCAAAUGGCCGGCUUCCUGGGUCGAGAGUGGAUGAGUACACUCUGACACUCGUACACCUUUACCUACUUCGCGUCCCAUCCAACGAUAUGUCGAGACUAGUGACCGAGACACUCAAGAAUUAUCCUAAGUUGUUCGACUUCCCUGCUACAGAGCACCAGUACUCCAUCUAUCACCUUGCCGUCCGGGUACAAAACCGUACGUUCCUUUCCAACGCUUGGUCCGGAGUGAACGACGGAGUGCCCUACUUCGUCGACAACAGGGGGUACAACCCACUGCACAUCGCAAUUAUUGAGUCCUUGAAAGGAACCACUGGUCGCAACCCUCGAAGUCAGGAUGAAGCUGGACAAGUCCUUCAGUUCCUUCUCGAUAGAAGAAUGAACCCUAUGAUGCCACAGACGAAAGCUCCCUACAAAACUCCGCUCCUAAUGGUUGCAAAAAUUGCAAUCCUUGACUGGACUGGACAAAACAAUGCCAUCAAGAAAAACAUUGAAGCCAUUGCGUCGGCUGAGAAACGGCUCGCUGCUGCCUGGGGCUUCGAACCUACAGUAUUCUCUAUGAAUCGUUUCGAUUCUAAUGGUAAUACAGUGCUAAGAUAUAUCGCUAAGGCGAUUGUCAACUACCACACUGCUGGUGGUAGUAGGCCGCUUGAAAACCUGUUUGUGAAAUUAAUCACAAACUUUGGUGCUGAUAUUAACCUCGAUGUUAAUUUCGCGCCAACACCAUACGAUAGACCUUAUGUCCAUUCCAUCAAAUGGAUAGCUGACCAUUCGACUAAGCGCAACCGUUUCAAGAAACUCGUCAACGACUUUGGUGGCCGGCUGCAUGCUGCAGAAGUUGCUAGGACUUAUGCCCCAACUACGGCAACCGUCGACUUCCCCGUCGACGAGCUCCAUCUACCCUAUCUGCCACACAACCACCCCUACAUCCUCUCAUCGCCCUUUAAUAGGGCUUUUAUUCGGAGAAGCCCAUCAGAGGAGGCUCGGUCAUGA